CACUCCUGCCUGUUCCCCUUCAUGUCUUUCUCUUAACUUUCCCUCUCCCGCUCUCUCUCCUCACAUCUGGAGGGCAUCUGCCGUGGCUGUGUGACUCCUCGCCUGCUAUGGGACAGCUUGUGUUUGGACUGGACGUCAGACUUCCGUGCGCUUCAGCAAACCUUGGUCGGACGGGCCCUUCAAGUUGUUGAGGCUCGAAGCUUCAGACACGCAGAGGGCAGAGAACCGGACGGCUUUUGUUGCUAGCCUGGAAAGCUCGGCAUGGCCUUUCCCAAGCAUUCCAUCCUGCAGGCCCUGAGUGUGCUGCUCUUGGCCUUGGUGUUGGUGCAUUGCCAGGCCCCUCUUGAGCCAGAGGAAGAGGAGGAGGAAGAGCCAAUAAAGGAGAGCAACAUCUCAACAAUGGUGACGAAAUCUGAGCUUCUUGAAUGUCCGCUGGAGUGCAGCUGUACGGCAGAAGGCUCGGUGGACUGUGCUGGAGUCGAUCUCACAGAGUUUCCUGCCGAGCUGUCGGACAAAACUCGCCAGCUCUCUCUGCAGAACAACAAAAUCAAGGAGAUAACAGUGGAGCACAUCUCCCAUCUGCAUCAGCUCGAGACCCUCAACCUUCAGAACAACUGGCUUACAUCAGCUGGCCUUGAAGAUGAAGGUUUUGAGAUGCUUGAAGAGCUGGCUUAUUUAUACCUGGCAAAUAACAAGCUCACCUCAGCACCAAUAGUCCUACCACCCUCUUUGGUUAGUGCUGAUUUUGCUGCUAAUCAGCUUACUAAGAUCUACCUGUAUACAUUUGGCCAAAAACCCAAACUGAGGUCUGUGUAUCUCCAUAACAACAAGCUGACGGACGCAGGGUUUCCUGAACAUGCGUUCAAUGGUUCUGACAACCUGGAGAUCCUCAUCAUGUCCAGCAACCUCCUGCGGGUCGUCCCGAGGAACCUGCCCUCCAGCCUCUUCCGUCUUCAUCUGAAGAGUAAUAAGUUGGAAGAAAUUCCUGCAGGGGCUUUUGACACCUUGUCAAACCUCAGAGAGCUGUAUCUCCAGAGCAACCUCCUCAACAAUGAGGGCAUGGACAACGAGACUUUCAGUGAAUUGAGCAGCUUGGAGUGUUUGGACUUGUCAAAUAACAACUUAAGUGUGGUCCCCACGGGGCUGCCGCGCAAUCUAGUACUGCUUCAUCUAGAGAAGAACUCCAUUCGUAGCAUCCCUGGAGACGCUCUUGCUCCUGUCCGAAACCUUGAGUACCUGCUCCUUCACAAUAACAAGCUGCGCUCACGUUCCAUCCACCCGUCUGCCUUCCGGGGUUUGAAGAAGCUACACACUCUUCACUUGUACAACAACUUGCUGGAGAGGGUUCCCAGGGGCUUGCCUAAGAGGGCCAAGACCCUCAUGCUGCUUCACAACCUCAUUACUGACAUUAGCCGUAACGACCUGGCCAUGCUGUACACCCUGACAGAACUCAACCUCAGCUACAACAAGCUGACGAGUCCCAAGCUUCACCGCGAGGCCUUCAGGAAGCUGCGUCUUCUGGAAACCCUGGAUCUGUCGGGAAACAGCCUGUCAUCGUUCCCCCUGGGUCUUCCUCGCAGCCUGCAGGUGCUCGAAAUCAAGAACAACCAGCUUAACUCCAUACCAGAUGGUACACUGACGGGCAUGGAGAAGCUACGGAAGCUCAUCCUGAGUGACAACCAGCUGAAACUGAAUUCAGCCUACCAGGGAGCCUGGAUGGAGCUGACUGCGCUCACGACCCUAGACCUGUCUGGCAACCAGCUGUCACACAUCCCGUCCGACCUGCCCGAGUCCCUGGAGUACCUUUACCUGCAGAGUAACCGUAUCUCAAGUGUUCCUGCUUCAGCAUUUGAAGGCACUCCAAACAUCAAAGGCAUCUUUCUCCGGUUUAACCGCCUGGCUGUGGAUUCUGUGGACGAAAGCGGUUUCGCACACCUGUCCAACUUGCAAGUGCUGGACAUUGGCACAGGAAACACCGACCUCCCCUUUAAAAGAGAGGAGAUAGAGGAGGAACUGGAAGCAUAAGACACGGUUAGCUGACAUUGGACCGCUUAGUGUCAAGGACAGAAACUGAUUAUAAAUAGGAAUUAACCCUUGAAUGUAAUUCCAGUGCUAUUAUUGUUUGGAAGUUACAUAUCUCUGGUGCAGGAUACCGGAUAAAGUUAUUUUAGUUUCCUUUUUUUAGGCUGAUUAUUAUAGCAUAUCUUUAUAUCUGAACUUUAAAUAUUUGUUUUGGACUGUUGACACGCAACAUAUAUUGUCUGAUUGUGUUUUUGUGCAUUAAAAACAAAUACAUUACAUACAGUAGGUAAAUGUCAAUAUUCCCAUGUGAAUGUUUCAGAAUCAACACCACAAUAAAGUAGUAAUUAGUGUUUUUACACCAAGGGUAAAAGAUUAGCAGUUUCAUUUUCAAACCAAGAAAGCCCUUAGUAAUCAAAAAUCCUUUGACACUCAGUACAAAUGAUAUUGCUGCAAUUCAAUUUCAUUAUGAUUUAAUCUAAAGUGGUUAUUUUUCAAAAAUAUUAAAAAAUGUUAUCUUUAAAAUGUAAAAAAUGACAAAUUCCCAUUACAAGCAUGAUGUGAGUUUUCAAAUUGCUUAAUGUGGACGUAUAGACAAUGAAAAAGUACAUUCCGUUAUAAAAUAAAUUGACACAAGAGCAAAA